CGCUCCCAUGUUUAAGACUUUUCCUUCUUCUGUUCUGUUCUCCUUGCUUUUUGAUAAUUUUGUGCCGGUUUUUGUGUUAUAGAAUGCAGAUUGGUGGAUUUUGAAGGAAACCCAUAUUAGACCAACCAAAAAAUUUAGACCCAAGAAAAGAAAAUGAGUUCAUCAGGAAGUGUGAGGAAGUUGGAAGUGGUGUCACCAGUGCCAGCAGACAUAGACAUUGCAAACUCAGUUGAACCAUUUCAUAUUUCUGAGAUUGCUAAGGACCUGAAUCUCAGUUCUAACCAUUAUGAUCUUUAUGGCAAAUACAAAGCCAAGGUGUUGUUAUCCGUGCUUGAUGAGCUUCAAGGAUCUGAAGAUGGUUAUUAUGUGGUGGUCGGGGGAAUUACUCCAACUCCACUUGGAGAAGGCAAGUCCACUACUACAGUUGGUCUGUGCCAAGCUUUGGGUGCUUUUCUUGAUAAAAAGAUCCUCUGUUGUUGUUGUUUCUUGUUUUGCAGCAUACAUUGAAAUACAUUAGAACUGUAAAAGCUCUCUUAUUUUGUUAAACGGACAGCUUUGACAUUGGAAUCUUGGCAGAUGGGACAAUUUUUGCUCAAAGUAAUAUAUUUCAAGCUAACUUCAUAAGUGGCAGAGAAUAAAUGCCAUGAUUCUUGAUGUAUAAAAUUGCUUAUUCCUAAAUGAGCCUGUAAAGCGAUCUCAACAAUUGAAGCUAUCAUUGUGAUUGGGAAUGGCUUUUUCAGUUUCUUCCUGUGUAAAUUUAGUUUGAAAGAAUUUGAAAUCUGAGAGUUACUGCAUUAGUAUCAUUUUGACUUUUUAGAUAUUCUUGAUCUACAGUUAUAGUGACCUAUGUAUAUCUUGAAAUAUUAGUUUAGAAGCCUAGUUAGCAAAUGUCCUUGAUGAA